AUGCCUUUUGUCACCAAUGUCUACAACAAGGCCAAGGACUUGGCCCCAAAGGUGAAGGAUAAGGCGGUGCGGAUCUCCAGCAGCCUGUCUGAGUUCAUCUCCGGGGCCCUGCCCGCCUACUCCAAGUACGACCUGGGAGACGUGUGUUCGUCCUCAAAUUCUGGUUUCUGGUACAUGACCCCGACGGAUUGCGAGCUCUUCUCGGCCAUGUCGAGCAUCGAUGCGAACAACCCGCAAGCCAAGUUUACGUCGGCAAAGGACAAGCUCAAGACGUGCGUGAGCAAGACAGGCCUGCUCGGCGUGCCGACGCCUUUCUGGGACUUGAAGUUUGCAGGCUGGUGCCUGCCCUCACCGGUGGUGACAGGAUUGGAGUACUUCAUGGGGGCGCUGGUGUGGGAGGGUAGUGCUUUCGACGGCACUCGUGCAGCCAUCCCCUCUGUGCAGACUUUACGCACAGCCGUCUCCGAAAUCAAAUCCUUGGUCGCUGACUUUGCAAGUGACUCUGGCAUCGGCCUCAUGGAACUUGGGCGCGACGUGCUGCGCGCCCGGGAGGGUCGUGAAGAGGGUCGUGAAGAGGAUGUGAGCUCCAGGUCCGGGCCAGCGGCUCCAAACACCAAUUGGGGACUGGGCUGGACGUUGGCCAUUGAAACUGACCUCGCCGCACGUCAUUCCGGAUACCAGCUAUGCAGUAACUUUGGGCAUCCUCUGCCGGCUGCAAGUGGAGGGCAACAGCAGCAGCCCGUCCUCCCCGAAUCCCGACCUGCGAUUUUGGCAAAUCUCAAGGUGCCACAACUUCGGCAGGAGGUGCCUCUACAGCCAUUACAACACAGAUCCAUUUCUACGAGACCUACCCAGCCUUCACAAACAGAUUCGCUUUCCAAGCGUCUCUGGACAUCACGCCGGAGGUGGAGCUCACUGGAAUCAUCGGGGUUCCCUUGGCCGCAGGCGUGCCCAUCUCCUUUGGCAUCUAUCCCAGCCCAGCUGUGCCCAGUCAGUUCAGCUUCCAGGUUUCGGUGGAGGUUGGCGAUGAUUUGA